GUCGGGAAGGUCGCGUAGGAGAACAUCCUCGUUAACUUCCAGGAUCCCGACGUCGCCGGCUCCCUCGCUCGUCGUCUCUUCCUCUCUCUCACCCACUUUUUCUCCCUCGUACUCCCACCCUCGGUGCCGUCUCGAGACUCGAGAGAGGGCGAUCGGCCUGGCGGAAGGUACAGGUACAGGUACAGGUACAGGUACAGGUACAGGUACAGGUACAGGUACAGGCACAGGCACACAAGUUCAAGGUCGCGGUAGGUUAAGGCAGGUACGAACGUACACACGAGGAAAGGAACACCGAUUACUCUGCCAGGGGCAAAGAGACAAAGGAUCACGCGCUCGUACUGUUGUACAGACGGCGCGACAGCGACGGUGACGCACAAAGAACGACCGGCGCGGCGUGUUGACGUACCAAUCGUACCACAGAGGCUAAAGGCUUCUCUCGGCGUCUCUCGAUGAUUUUUAGGUUAGCGGUCGACCGCGACCGACCCGACCGACCGACCGGCUAGACAGGAACGACGGCGUCGAUGUCGAUGCGCGGUCUCGCGUCUCUCGCGACGGGACUCGCGCACUCCGUACUCCGUAGCACGGCGAUAUGUCGCAGCUGUGUUGUACGCGCUCUAGCCGUCUACACGCUGUGAUGGUGGGGCGCCAACUGAGGGGAGUGGUGGGGAUAGGGGAUCGGCAGCCGUGAGCCGGCUCAAGCUGAAGGGACACCAGACGGAGUAGGGGUACGUAGGUUAGGUUGGGACGCGAGGGGAAUACCAGCGCACCCUUACGCGGCGUGGCAGCCGCGCGUACUAUGGGUACGAUGGGUGUGUGUGUAUGUGUGUUAUAGGUGUAUCUGUUGCGCCGGUGUGCGUGCACGUGUGUGCACGAUUGUACGCGCGUCGUGCAGACCAGUGCAGACGGAAUAGAAUGUGUGCCGCGCCGGUUUGCAGUUUCGCUGCUCUACCCUUCGCUCCGGUAAAAGACUGGCGCAUGGCGUGCCGUACGCUGGUCGCGGGUACGCGCGCGGGCGCCCAAGGAGUUUCUCGCAGUGGUGCUCAGCCGCCAAUUUUCGGAUACUAUUACACUUUGAAGCGAAGGAUUCCACGCAAAGGGCGUCAAAUGUACUUGGGAAAACAAUUGGACAGUAAUCCUCGGAGAACGAGAAAUACGAUCGAACGAAAUAAGACGCUGUGUCUUUUGAACCGUCGGAUUUGUUACACGGAAAGAAUGAUUUUGCUCAGUUAUUUCCUGUGGGCCCACAUUUGCAGCGACAGUCUUCGCGAAGAGUGACUCGAAAAAAGUGCCGCCUCGGUAUUAUUGCAAAUUUGUCGUGUGUGUGUGUGAAGACAAAGGAACGUGGGCCUGACGAAGAAACCAGUAUGGAGACCAUGAAAGCGAAAGGAUAUUGCAGACCGACGCCAUUGGUUAUGCAAUAACCGCGAUUACACGUUCCGCACAAUAUGUGUAAGCAAACAUGGGAAAUGUAAUUUGAAUGAAACAUUCGAUUAUACGGAUCGUCAAACCGAAACGCAUGCAAAGAGUGUCGAAUUA